AUGUUCUACUCGCGCGUUCAGACCUUGCUGCAGCGUCGGCGCAAGCAGAAGAGGGUUCCCAUGGAGAUUUCUGCUCCUUUCGAUCUCAAGCUGGAGCCCGUCUGCCUGCCAGGCGUCUCUGAGGACGAAAUCUCCAUCCUCCGUGAAAAGGCCGCCGCGAGCCGUAUCGGCGUCUUCGAGUACAUGCCCUCGCGCUCCCGCUCGCCGUCUCUGCACAAGAUCUCGCGCCCGCUGCGCACACCUUCUCCUGCCGUCAUGACGUCGCUGCCGCCGCACAUUGCCGUCCCCGCCCGGCCGGUGUGGUGA